AUGGAUCGGGCGGCGAUGACUGUCGGGCCGGCCAUGGACAUGCCGAUCAUGCACGACAGCGACCGGUACGAUUUCGUCCGAGAUAUCGGGUCCGGAAACUUCGGGGUAGCCAGGUUGAUGAGAGACAGGCAGACCAGGGAACUCGUUGCAGUAAAGUAUAUCGAGCGCGGUAACAAGAUUGAUGAAAAUGUUCAAAGAGAAAUAAUUAAUCAUAGGUCGCUGAGGCACCCCAACAUCAUUAGAUUUAAAGAGGUCAUUCUUACGCCCACCCAUCUGGCCAUUGUGAUGGAAUAUGCUUCUGGAGGAGAGAUGUUUGAACGAAUAUGCAAUGCUGGGCGCUUCAGUGAGGAUGAGGCUCGCUUCUUUUUUCAACAACUUAUAUCUGGAGUCAGUUAUUGCCAUGCAAUGCAAGUAUGUCACCGAGACUUGAAGUUGGAAAACACUUUGUUGGAUGGCAGUCCAGCUCCUCGCUUGAAAAUAUGUGAUUUUGGCUACUCAAAGUCUUCAGUGCUUCAUUCACAACCAAAAUCUACUGUUGGAACUCCUGCAUACAUUGCUCCAGAAGUAUUACUGAGGCAAGAAUAUGACGGAAAGAUUGCAGAUGUAUGGUCAUGUGGGGUAACCUUAUAUGUGAUGCUGGUGGGAUCCUAUCCUUUUGAGGAUCCUGAUGAACCAAAGGAUUUCCGGAAGACUAUACAAAGAAUACUCAGCGUCCAGUAUUCCAUUCCAGAUUCUGUUCAAAUAUCUCGCGAAUGUCUAGAACUGAUAUCGAGAAUCUUUGUCCCAGAUCCUGCUGCGAGGAUUACCAUUCCUGAGAUAAAGAACCACCCGUGGUUCUUGAAGAAUCUCCCAGCAGAUUUGAUGGACGAGAUGACAAUCGGCAGCCAUUUUGAAGAGCCUGAUCAACCCAUGCAAAGCCUAGAUGCAAUCAUGCAAAUAAUUGCGGAGGCCACUAUACCAGCAGCUGGAACCCUUGGUCUUAGCUCUUACAUGACGGACAGCCUAGAUAUGGACGAUGAUAUGGAUGACUUGGAUUCAGAGUCUGAACUUGAUGUCGAUAGCAGUGGGGAAAUAGUGUAUGCAAUUUAG